UCAUAAUUUGGCGCUCUAGCCGCGGUCACACUGGUUCGGUAGCGUCUCGGUUCAAUUUUCAAUAAUUUUCAGUUGAAAUUUGCGAUAAAUGUGAUAAAUUCGGAAUUAUGUGUCCGGGCAACAAACCUUCGACAAUAAUACACUCCUAGACAAAAAAUCAUUGUGGGCGAAAGUGAAAGGAGUAGUAGCCUUCGUUUUUACGGAACAAACUUGUCAUUGUCCUUGCUAACGCUGUUGUUGUUUUUGCUAUUUUCGCUGGCAGUCGUUGCUGUUUUUGUUGUUGUUGUUGUGGUUGCUCGUGGAUAUAUACAGUGUUUACUCGAUAAUUUCAAAUAACAAGGAAACCACUAUGGACACGGACCAUGCGAACAUCAAUGACUUCAGGGAUCGCGACUUGGCCGCGCGCAUGCGCCGUUGCAAUUACGAAAAGUACAAAUCCCUAGUGCGCAUGCACUUAUCCUUCGAACUGGAACUAAAUACCGAUGAGUUUGACCUUCCCUGCCACGAAAUCGUCUACGAGGACAAGGGUAAGCUGAAGAAGUGGAAUCGCUUGUCCAAGAAACACCGUCUGGGCCAGGGAGCAACUGGCACAUCGUGUGCCGCCGGCUCAGGCAGCAAAUCGGUGGGUAAUAGUCCCACGGAAACACUGCAGCAGCAAAUUGACCCGGGAUUUCUGAUGCACCUGCAAGAGCUCAAGGAGUUUCUCAUGUUGGAGAAGAAUCUCACCCAGGAGGGGCUGUUCCGCAAGGCUGGAGCCGUGUCCAGGCAAAACGAACUGAGGAUGCACAUCCAACACGACAAGCCACUGAACUUGGAGCUGGCCGGCUUCUCGGCCCAUGACUGCGCCACCGUUUUCAAGGGUUUCCUGUCCGAGCUGCCCGAGCCCCUGCUUACGGAUGCCCACUAUCCAGCCCAUCUCCAGAUAGCCCCGCUCUGCCAGGCGCUCAAUGGUCAUGCCGCGUCCAGCGCCGAGCGUGAACAGCACCUGCUCAACUCCGUGCAGUUGCUGCUGCUACUCCUGCCCGAGGAACACCGCGAACUCUUGCAGCACAUCAUCGAAAUGCUGCAUGCCGUGGCCCAGCACGAGAAGAGCAACAAGAUGAGCGCCGAGAACCUGGCCACGCUGUUCACGCCCCAUUUGAUCUGUCCCAGGCAGCUGCCGCCCGAGGUGCUCCACUACCAGGCCAAGAAGAUGGCCAGCAUCGUGACCUACAUGAUCGUCCGCGGACUGGACAUCUUCGAGGUGCCCGGCAAGCUAUCGACCGACAUCCGGGCGUACUUUCUCGAGCGCAAACGAAAGAAAACCAUGUCGCCGGAACAAACGCUCGACGAGUCCAUCUCGGACGUCUCGACGGUCAACACGGUGUACACUUUCGUAGAUCGUGCCGCCACCGCAGCGGCCACCAACACGAACAACACGGACACGGAGCUGGCGCAGCUUUAUGCCCACAUUCAGAGCAUGCCGGAGUCCUCAAAGAAGCGGCGUCUGAUCAAGCAGUUCAACAAGCAAAACGGGCAGGGCACCCCGUUGCAGCUGGUGGUAAUGAAUCGUCUGAAGAACAACGAGGCCACUCGGAGUGCCAAGUCCCUGGGCGAUUCCAUUAAGAAGCACAUUUUUCACAAGAGCCUCAUGUCGCGCACCCCGAAGCGAGUGCCGCCCAGUUUUCAUUUGGCAGGAGGGCCCGAGACGCCCAACAUGUCGCAUGUUAAGCCGCCAAAGAUGCGGGUGCUCUUUCAGAGUCCCACGCCACCCACUCCCACUCACUCAUCGACCAUCACCAGCGUCACCCUGUUGGCACCUAACCCACGGCAUCAGCUUCAGAAAUCCAUCUCAUCCGCCUCCCUCAAGAUCGAGUCCUCCUCGUCGGACAGCAGCUCCAGCUGUGCAGCCAGCGGUAGCAUCUCCGCUCCAGUGAGUCGCCAGCAGUCGAAGGAGUCACCCUCGGGUGGCGGCGGAGGAGCUGCUGUUCCCGGCCAGGACCUGGACGAAAUCGAUGCCGAUUGCUGUGUGACGCCUUUGAAGAUCAUGUCCGCAGUCGCCAAGCAGCUCAUCGAUAAGAAGAGCGUGGCCUGGGACGAGCACCGCCUGCUGGAGAUCGAGGAGUACUCGAAUCCCUCCACGCCAGUUCAGCAAUCGUCGCGCUACAAGUCGGAGCCUAAUCUUUCGAGUAUCCUGCCGCAGGUGGACGCUGAGGAGGAGGACGACGACGGCGUACUCACGCCCAUUGUGGAGGGCCGCAGCUCGAUGACAGCGAGCAGCAGCCACAUGGGCAGGUCCAUAACCCGCAAGCUGAUGAAGGGCGUCAGCAUGGGUAAUCUCAGAUUCCCGUUCAGCACACCGGAGACGACCAAACGGCUGGUGAGGAGUGUAUCGGCCACGCUGCGGAGGCGUCCCAGUGGCGAAGAGGGCAAGCACUGCCCGUUGGCAGCGGAUGCACCGCUCCUGGAGGAUGUGGAUGACAGCGAUGUGGAGGAGGAGGAUCAUCGGGAGGCGGAGGAGGAGGACGAUGAUACGCUGUCGGAAAACAAUGGCAGUUCAAACGAACUGCCCGCAAUCAGCCUGGGCUACCAGCAGAUCCUGCAGAGCAGCGUGUACCGCAACAUGGAUCUCAUCACGAGUACACCGGCUCUCCACCUGGGUCGCCGUUCCAUGUCGCCCAUUACCAAGUCGACUCAACGCAUGCCCAAAGCGAUGCAGGAAUCUAUUAUGACUCCCCGAUCCCGGAAACCCGUGAUGCUACUCAAUGCCUUGGCCGGCAACGGCGACAAGCAGCUGAACCUGAGCUUUGCUGAGCAGGAGGAGCAGGAUUCCAUUGGGGGCGGCACACCCACCAAGCAUCGGGAACCGCCAUCGCUGCACAGCGAAGAUGCCACUUCACUGGGUGGCUAUGCGGAGAUCCUGAGGCACCAGCAGAGCUUUGCCCUCUUCAACUCCAGGCAACGGACGACCAGCAGCAGCACCAGCAACGAAGACUCCAAGCCCUCGAAUGCCCUGUCCAGUGAUUUCAAGGAAUAUCUGUUAACUCGCAGCGUGCUCACAGCCAGUCCGGCGGACUUGUCGUUUGCCAGUCGCUCGGAUGAUUUCGGAGGAGCCAGCACCACGCAGGACAUCGACGACUUGGAUGAGUCCGAUCUGAGUCCCAGUCUGCUCUACUGCCUGGAUGGAAAUGAGCCCACAUUGGCCUCGCCCUUUGGUCACAGCAAUGGGCGAAAGCGUUCGGCAUGCACGCCCCUAAAGUCAGCCCUAGCUCCCGAUUUUCACGCUGACAACAAGGAGAACGUGGAGAAUCUCCAGGAGGAGCACUCACGCACCAAGAAGCUCCUGAUUACUUCUCCAGAGGAGUAUCCGGGCGAAACAGCCCUCUAGUUUUAAGUCGAACUAUAAUAGGUAUUUUCAUAAUCUAACGUUAAAACCGUUGUACGGUUUUAAAAAAUCAUCUCUCAUCAAAAUGUUUAAGAAAAAGAUUGCUUCCGUGAAAAAAUGUUUUCGGUAUGACACGUUCUCUCGUUUUAACUUGCACGCGUUUUUAAAAAUUUAGCCUAAGAUCCUACAUUAUAAAUGCAUGCCUCGAAAAAUUAUAAAAAUACAUACAUAUAUAGCUAUAUAUAAUUGGAAA